AACCACCAACAAAUGAACGUGGCCAUAGCAGAAGACAAGAGGAACGGGUUUGCGCAAAGAAGAAACAGAUCGUGUCAUCACAACAAACAGAAAAAUGAUUGUUUACGCAGCAGUUUGUGGCUAUGUUAUUGCGUCCUUGAUACUCUUUAGAUAUCCUACCCUCCUUCAUAGGAAAAAGAAAUUAAAAUUCAGGUGCCAUCACAUCAGUCAUCGAGGAGGGGCUGCUGAAAUGUAUGAGAACACAAUGGCUGCAUUUAAAAGAGCUGUUGAUCUCGGCACAGAUAUGCUGGAGUUAGAUUGCCACCUUACAGCUGAUCGCCAGGUGGUUGUAUCACACGACAAGAAUUUAAUGAGAGUAUGUGGCUUGGACAUUGAUAUAUCCCAAACACCAUACUCACAACUACCUCCACUCAGUAAUUCAGUUUCAGUUGACUUCGAUCUGGAAAACCCGUAUGUCGGAUCAGGGAAUAUUGAGGAGAGGAGAAUUCCUCUAUUAAAAGAGGUGUUUGAGUCUUUCCCUAACAUUCCUAUUAAUAUUGACAUAAAAUGUAAUGAUGACAUACUUAUUCAGGAGGUAAACAAACUAGUCCAAGAACAUAAUCGUGAAGAACUGACUGUGUGGGGGAACAUUAGCAAUGUUGUUACCCUUAAAUGUUACCAAGAGAACCCACAGAUAAAUUUACUCUUUUCCAUGCGCCGAGUGGUGGAACUGGUUCUACUUUUCUACACAGGUCUACUUCCAUUUGUUCCAAUUAAAGAAUCUAAUUUAGAAAUAUUCCUGCCUGCAAUUUAUUUAAGGAGGAAAGAGGAUGCUGGUAGUUUUUUCCCGAUUCAUUCAUUGAUGUUGCGAGGAAUGCAUUGCCUUUUGAUGAGACGUUGCCUUUUCAACCAUCUUCAACGAAGAGGCAUACAGGUGUAUCUUUGGGUUUUGAAUGAUGAAGAAGAUUUUGAAAGUGCUAUGCAGCUUGGAGUUACUGGAAUAAUGACAGAUUUUCCUACAAAGCUCAAAAAGUUUUUGUCUGAGCAUCCACAGUUCAUUACCUCUAAGGAUUGUUUCAAUACAUCUUCCUAACAAUGUAAUUUGAUUAUGAAAGCUCCCUCAUUUCACUGUAUGAGUAAUCAACCAAAAAGACCUGUUCUCUAAUGUUUGGCAAUGCAUGUAUUGCUAGAUUUCUGUGUUGUUAUCACUGUAUAUUGUUCCCAAUUCAGUGAUUUGUUAUUCUGUAGAUUGUAGUCCAUUUUCUUGGCUGUUUAUUUUCCAAAGUUAACAUCAAAUAUCCACCAAAUAUAUUUUGUGUCCAAUUUACUUCAUGCUCUCUUUUUAUCUAACUCUGUGUUAUGUAUACCUGUGAGAACUAAUUCUGUCAGUAGUUAAAUAUUUACUAAUACUCUCCCUCCCUGAAUGUUGCAUGCUGCACAUCAUUUUAUUUAUUGACUUUUCUCUCGUUUGUUUUGAAAGCCUGAUUUAGACUUUGUGAAUGAAUCUCUUUUUGGUACCUAGUAAUAAGCAAUUAAUCAGUAAUAAUCAAAAUGGUAAAAGUUUUUUGUUUGUGUCUGAGCAGUAAUGUGUUGUAUUUUGACAUUUUCUCUGCAUGACAGUGCUAUACUAUUUGGAAAAUUUGUAAGGAUACUAUUAGAAGGCCUGAUUGGGCUCUUUCUUCUUCACCAAUUGACUUAAGUUUACUAGAUGAUGGGUCACAUGACCAAAGUGUGGUUAUGACAAAAGAGUGACAAAUCUUUGCAUUAUUCUUACGCCAUGUACUGUUAUUGUUCUGAUUAUUUCCUAUUUUAUUUCAUUAUACCAUGUACAAGAGUAAUAACUUUAAUGAUAGAGGUUUAAAUUGUUUUCUGAUUUAGAAGAGACAAUAUUUGCUAGGUUCAAAAUUUUGUUCCACUUGAACAUAAUUUUUCAGCUCUGAAUUGUCUCUUUUGAAAAACAUCUUUUGUCAAUAGAAGAAUCAUGUCAUGAAGUAUCAGUUGUUUAGCAAGGUCUAGGAUAUAUAUACCUGAUUGGUUUAUGGGUGACAAAUGUGACUAGUUUAAAAGAUUUUAUACAUUUUGGUGUAGGUAAUUCUUUUCCUGCAAUUACUUCUUUACUAUCUGACCAUAGAAUUUUACCAUUUUCUUUCAACAGUUUGACUGAAGAUUUUACUGUUUACUUACCAAACUAAAUUUAUCGUACUGGAUAUUGCUAGAUUACCGGUAAUAUUCUUAAUUUUGUAUUUGCCUUUUUGUAUUGGGUUUCCAAAGUGUCUCAAAUGUGAAUCUCUGUCUUUUUUAACCUAGUCGUGUAUUUAUUUCUGUUUAUUUUAAUCUCUACCACUUUUUCAUCCCAUUCAGAAACCCAACAAAAGUGCCAUUGAAAUUCCAUGUGCUUAGCCUUUUUGCUGUUGUCUUGUGUAUCUAUUGAUUUGGGUUGUCAUUCUACUUAUGAUGACCUAAGGCGUGCAAUACUUAACUCUCAGGAAUGAAAAGAAAAGUCUGUUACUGAGUCCAUUUAAUGUGGAACCUAUGUAGGACCUUUUUUGCUGUAAGAUACCAUACAUAAUUUGCAUGCAUGUCAUUUCUCACCUUAUUUAUUAUGUGUUUACUGUAAUCUCUAUCAGUCAUAAACUUUCUAGUGCAUUUUUUGUAACUAUUUUUAUGCUUGGGAAUCAAAAUUCUCAUGCUGUUUGAGUUGAGUAGUGCUCGGUGUAGUGCCAUAACUUGAUUGAUUAAUGCUUGUUAGAAUUUACGAACAAAAUACUCUUGAAUCUAAAUGCCCAACUGCCAGAUACGGUUGUGAGUUGAGAGUAGGUUUCAGUGGUACAGAGCAGUAUAGUCAAUAUUUCUUUGUCUUUAUAGCAAACUAAAUUUUAAUCAUAUAAAUUUUUUGUUUUAAAAAAUACUGAUGAAAUUUCUUGAAUUUCAAUAAUCUUUUGAGUUUUUUGAACUUAUGUUGAUUGCCAAAAUCUUUAUUUUAGCCACAUGCUUUCAUUUAUAUGGUGCAGUUGUCAAAUAUUAAUGCGUAAAGACAUACUCAGAUCAUUCUUGGCAACCAGAUAGCCGUGUAAUCAUUAUUGUUUUCAAUUAGCGAGCCACACGUAUUAACAUUGUUCAGAAGUUUGUUUUGAAAUCAAAUAACUGACAAUGAUGUAUUGUCAAGCUCAGCAAUACCGAAUUAGCAUCAGAAUAACUUUUCAAGUUAAUUAUCAAAUAAAAAUUUCUGCUCUAUUCCCUGUUUGACAGUAUGAGAGUAUUCCCUAUACCUAUAUAUUUAUUGACUUAUUUGGACUUUUAUGAUACAAUUUGUAUGAAACCUGUAUUCCUUGAUUGUAAGCUGUAUUGGUGGAAAUAAAUGUUGUUAUUGUUGUUGA